CUCUCUCUCUCUCUCUCUCUCUCUCUCUCUCUCUCUCUCUCUCUCGAAAUGCCAAGAACCCUGUGGAAAAGCUUCCACCUUUGCUUCCCGACAAACCUCAGCAAGUGCUCGUCUCCUCCAUCUCUCCCCUCAUCCUCCGCCGCCGCCGCCGGCGACGAAGAUUCGGACGACCCAAACCUUACCUCUCUCGUCCUCCACAACUUCAACAUCCUCUACCACCACCACCACCACUCCUCCGCCGGCGACUGCAUCCCUUACUCAACCACUUCCACCUCCCUCUCCACCGCCGCCGUCGCAACUUCCUCGUUCUCCUCCUCCUCCUCGUACGAAUCCGACAUUGCCCCUGACUCUCCCCCUCCUGACUUCACCGCCGUCUUCGCCUCCCGCCGCUUCUUUUUCUCCUCUCCCGGCACUUCCAACGCAAUCACCGACUCUCCGAGAAACCUCUCUCAUAACUACGAUAAUGCCACUACGACGGCGAAGAGGAAGAAUUACAAGACUGCCACUGCCUUGCCUACGACAACGGCGGCAUCAUCGGUGUCCCGGCUACUAACAGGAGGAUCCGCGGUGAUGCAACAGGUGCACUCGCCGGAUCCGUACAGCGAUUUCCGGAGAUCGAUGCAGGAGAUGAUCGACGCCAUGGACGGGAGGGAUGUCGACGAGGCGGUGGAGGAUAACGAGUUCUUGCCCGAGUUGCUACUGAGUUAUCUCUCUCUGAAUCCCAGUGACACGCAUGAGCUUAUCAUCAGGGCUUUCGCCGACAUUCUCGUCUCGCUUUUGUCGGAAUCUCGCCGGAGAUGCUGACACGGAAUUCGAGUGAAAUGUUAUUUUUUCCUGUUUACCGCCUGAUUAUAUACCGUUUUAAAGUCUUCAAGGCGCCACGAGAAGAAUUGCUGACUUCUUUUUCUGAAUGUUGUUGUGUUUUUCAUUUUCAGAUUCGGGGUUUUGCCUU